AUGGAGGAGAGGACGGAGGAGAGGCCCGCGGCGGCCGAGGCGAGGCCGAGCCGUCUGACCGCCCUUCAGGAGCAGCUGAUCUGGGCCCUGCUGGGGUCCGGCCUGUCCCGGGACGUCCUGGUGCAAGCCGUCGGGGAGCUGGAGCGGGAGAGGGCGAGCGUCGGCGCCGAGAGGGGCGACGGCGGCGAGAGCUCUGAGGAAGGGGAGAUGGACUUCCCACCGCCGAUCUUCCGAGACCUGGAGAAGCUUCCCCCGGAGGAGUCGGCCAAGCUGAGGGCUGAAGUGGACCAGCUCCUGCAGGGGGAUCCCUGGCACGUUGCGAAGAUGGUGAAGAGCUACAUGCAGCAGCACAACCUCCCCCAGAGAGAGGUGGUAGAGUCCACGGGUCUCAACCAGUCCCACCUGUCCCAGCACCUGAACAAGGGAACGCCCAUGAAGAACCAGAAGAGAGCGGCGCUGUACACCUGGUACGUCAAGAAGCAGUGCGAGAUCAGCCAGCAGUUCACCAAUGCCAAACAUGGCCUGGCGUCUGCGGAGGAGCCGGGAGAGGACAUCAGGAAGGGCCGCAGGAACCGGUUCAAGUGGGGUCCGGCGUCCCUGCAGAUCCUCUUUCACGCCUACGAUCGGCAGAAGAACCCCAGCAAGGAGGAGAGAGAGGGAUUAGUGGAGGAGUGCAACAGGGCGGAGUGCCUCCAGAGGAUUCUAACGACUGAUCCGGAGGAGCAGACGGACUCACCUUUACAAGACGACUCUCUGCACCUGCAGCCGCACACACCUGUGCCAGCGUCCUCGGGGAGUCUGGAGCUGUAUCCUGCCUCUCAGACGACAGACAGCCACCAGUCUCACCUGCUCUCGCCGUCGCCCACAGACAUCGGCUCCUACAUUCCUACACAGAUGGUUUCUACGGCGCAGUGAAGGAGCUCCUCGCCAUCAGCUGGAGGAGCUGCCUCCGCUGGAUUCAGGGGUGAUAAAGACUCUCUGGGACACGAACAACGAUUAAGAGAAGAUUCACUUUUGAUACGACAAUCAGCUGAAAAUCAACACCAAUAUGUAUUUUUAUUAAAAUAAAUGUUUUCGUAAUAUUCAGAAAUUGUACAUUAAGUUGUGUUACCUGCAUUUAUUUUAUGUCACUGCCUUUUAGAUGCUUUUUCACUCUUAAUGACAACAAACUAAAGACUACUUCAGGAACGGGUGUGAGUUUCAUUAAAGCCGGUUUACAGCUGGUGUGUCUUUGUUUGGGUGAACUUCAAUAUCACCAGACUCCAUUCAAAAAUAUCACCAUUUUAAGAGUUACUGAGUGAAGAGAAACUUUAUAAACUUUGUGAAACGUUAUUUACCACAGAUUGUUGAUUAAUUGGGCCUUCUUGUAAAUUCGGGAAAUGUUACACGUUAAGAUAUUUAUUACGUAGUUAUUUCCCAACGUGUUUAAUGGUGGAACAACCUCAUCGGGUCUAAAGUUAACAGAUCAGAAGUGGAAGCAGAUGUUAAUAUCAGGUGUAAACUAACAGCUUCCUAAAAUAAAUCAGCAUCCAAACAUUUAAAGUUUGUGUCAGACGGGAAAAUAAUGAAA